UACGGUACAAUCAUCCCUAACAUGAAUUAUUGAAGAAAAUAAUAAAAGAAAGGACCAUCACAUUGUUAAACAAGAUUUUUCUGAUUAUGAUUUUUCACCAAGUUUCUGUUUUAAAAAUUCUGUCCACUUGAAAUAAUCAAUAAAAACUGAAAUAAUAAUAAUAAAAAAAUUGCUUUAAAAAUUUUGAGUUCCACAAAAUAAAACAUUAAAACCAACUGUCCCUCCUAAGAUUUUUAGAAACAUACACAUCAUACUCUAAUCAGGCAUGGAGGCGAAAGCUGGAGAGUAAGGGUGAGUUUUUAUGAAUUGUUUUAUAUAUUUAUUUAUAGUUAAUAAUUCAAUUAAUAGACUGUAAGGUUUGCAUUUAGAAUAACAGAAUAUUCCCAAUAUACUUUUCUAUCUGAAAAACAAUCUUGUUAUUAACCUCUCUUACUUUCCUUCCCGCCUUUACACCACUAUGCUUAUCUGGGUUGCCAGAUCUAUGAUUAUCACAAUUUGUAUGAAAAUAUUUAAUCACGGUUUAUUCAAGUUUGGACUGCAGGUAUUAUUUGGUAGAUUUGAUGCUUUUCUGUCCGUAUUAAUUAAUUGAAUAUGGUGAACCACAUUUUCUAAGAAUGCUCUUGUUUCACUGAAUUGUUUUUCAUGAUCAUUUUCAAUCCUUAAAAAAAAGCACUUAUUACAAAAAAAAAUGUUGGGUUACUUUAAAAUUGUUAUUGAUAUUGUUGUCUAAUACAUGAUUUUAUAGAUUAAAAUUGAAUGUUUUGAGAUCAGGCUGAGUUUAUAGAUUAUUUAUUUAUUUAUUUUAAAAUGUAGAUAAAGCCACUUCUCUCACUCAUAGCUGGCAACUUUCAGGGAAACUGAACCAGGAAGUGUGAGCUGCUGUUACUGAUUGUGAGUGUUUGGUUUUCAGUAAAAUGGCAGAAGCGAAUAUUUUCGUUGCUCAGGAUCAUUUCAGCUGUCCAAUCUGUCUAGACCUACUCAAGGAUCCAGUAACUCUUUCGUGUGGACACAGUUUCUGUAUGUUCUGUAUUAAUGGCUGCUGGGAUCAGGAGGAUCAGCAGGGAGUCUAUAGCUGUCCUCAGUGUAGACAAACCUUCACUCAGAGACCUGUUGUAAGUAAAAACAGUGUCCUAGCUGAAGUAGUGGAGACACUGAAGAAGACAGGACUCCAAGCUACACAACCUGCUCAGUGUUUAGCUGGACCUGAAGAUGUGAAAUGUGAUUUCUGUAUUGAGAGUAAAUGCAAAGCCAUCAAGUCCUGCCUGGUGUGUCUGGCCUCUUUCUGUGAAACUCAUCUCCAGCCUCACUAUGAAUCUCCUGCCUUUAAGAAGCACAAGCUGGUCGAAGCCUCCAGACGACUCCAGGAUCAGAUCUGCUCUCAGCAUGACAAACUGCUGGAGUUUUACUGUCGCACUGAUCAGCAGUGUAUCUGCAUGUUGUGUAUGAUAGAUAAACAUAAAGGACAUGAUACAGUAUCAGCUACAGCAGGACGAGCUGAGAAACAGAAGCAGUUGUUGGCGGUGCAGGGAAAAUACCAGCAGAGAAUCCAGGAAAGAGAGAAAGAGCUUCAAGAACUAACAAAAGCUGUGGAGUCUCACAAGCACUCUGCUGAAACGGCAGUGCAGGAAAGUGAGAAGACAUUUACUGAUCUGAUCAAAACACUUGAGAGAAGACGCUCUGAGGUGACAGCACUGAUCAGAGCUCAGGAGAAAGCUGCAGUGAGCCAAGCUGAAGAAGUCAUGAAGAAACUGGAGGAGGAGAUUGUAGAGCUGAAGAGGAGAAAUGCUGAGAUGGAGGAGUUUUCACAUGUCGAGGAUCCCAUUUAUUUUCUCCAGAACUUUCGGGCAAUCUCAGCUCCUCUUCAACAUGCAGACUUACCCACCAUCACAGUGAAUUCUCUCCAUACGUUUGAAGAUGUAAUAAAAUCUGUGUCUGAAUUGAGAAAUAACCUAGAAAACCACUACAAAGAAAGGACUGAGAAGAUGUCAAGUCAAGUGAAGAAAGUUCGAGUGAUUCCCCCUCAAAGCAGAGGAGAGUUUUUAGAAUAUUCUGUCCAGUUCACACUGGAUCCCAAUACAGCUAAUUUUUACCUUCUUCUGUCUGGUGGGAACACAGUGGUGACUAACUGUUCAUCAGUAGUGACAUACUGUAAUCCUCCAGAGAGUUUUGACUGUUACUCCCAGGUGUUGUGUAGUGAGAGUGUGUCUGGAUACUCUUACUGGGAGGUGGAGUGGAGUGGGGUUAAUGGGGUUCAUAUAGCAGUGUCUUAUAAAAACAUCAGCAGGAAGGGAAGCAGUAAUGAAUGUGCGUUUGGACGUAAUGAUAAGUCCUGGAGUUUGCUUUGCCAAUCAUCUGGUUACUCAUUCUUACACAACAACCAAGAAACCAAAAUCCACAUGAGCUCCAUCCCCUCUAGGAUAGGAGUGUUUGUGGAUCACAAGGCAGGAAUUUUGUCUUUCUACAGCGUCUCUGACAAGAUGAAGCUGCUCCACAAAACCAAGUGCAAAUUCACUCAGCCUCUUUAUCCAGGGUUCAUGGUCAAUUCCAAGUCGACUGUAAGAUUAAAUAAGAUUAGAUUAGAUUAGAUUAAACUUUAUUGUCAUGUACAAGGUAACAAAAUGCAGUUUAGGUCUAACCAGAGUGCAAUAGUAGCAAGUGCAGGAUAUACAGUUUGUACAAGAUUUAAAUAAGUUAAGUGGUAAUAAUAUGGAGUAAUUUACAGUUGUGUGCAUACUAUGAACAAUAUACAGAUUUACAGAAGGAUAUGUGCUGUAAUAAAAUAUGUCUAUUACUAUAGACAGUAAUUUACAGAUAUGUAUGGUCUAUGAAUAUAAUAUACAAAUGAGUACAUAUGUACUAU